AUGCAUUCCUCGUGGUUUUCAUAUCCCGUUACAAAACCGUACCCGUUUCGGUGGUUUACUCCUGUGGCUAUCGCCGGCGGUUUGAUAUUGAUGGUUUUGUUUACGAUCAUCAAUCUCGCGUCGAGUGCAUUUUAUCUCAAGCCAAUUUUCACCGAUGAUCCUAAUGGUACAACUACUCAAUCAAUCCGGUGGUUCAUGAAAGCUCCUCUAAACUGGGACAAUAACAUGAAAGUCAAGUGCCAGCCCAAAAUUUUGUCUGUCGGUGAUCGUGUUUUCUCCACCAAUCUUGGUUUUCAAUAUUCCGUCAAGGCUCUCACCUCAUCAAACGACGACUCAGACUUUCGAAAGACAUAUCCUUCCAUCGCAUAUUUGAAUAAUACUCUCGAAGAUUGCUACCUAACAAAAGUCGACAUUAAUCUCCGAAAAUCAGAUGCCAGGGCGUCGAAAAGCUGGUGGCUAUCUUGGAUCACGACAUUCACCGACGCUACAGCCUCUUGCAAUGUUAUGACGAGUGAAGGGCUGGUGAACAUUACUCUUGGUGUUGAAUACACUGGUCAGAGUGAUCACAUAUAUGAUUAUGUUAUUGAAGAUGACUACAAGACUCAUGCGAGUACCUGGUGGGGAACAAGGUUACUGAAUAUCUAUUUCACGGGUAUCCUGACAACCAUGUCGCAGACCCAAGAUCUAGGGGAUGAUUCAUAUUGGAUGACGGGAGGCAUCACAUUCACAACGAACCCGAGCAUAGAGGACAUUCGCGACCCGAAGCUGUUUAACCUCGCUGGCUGGUUUCUUUCCUCUGAUGGGUUCAUCCAAAAUGAAUCUCUCAACGAUACCUCUUUCAUAAAGACCGACCCAAAGAAUCAGUUUGUCCCAGUUGUUUGGGAAAGUCUUCACUACACACGGAUUCUUCACUCCCUCAUCGCCGUUGACCUCGGAAACAAAAACGCCCCCAACCUGCUUCUGGAUGAAAAGAAUUUGCAAUACGCCAUUCUUCCGCCCGAUGAUCCAAAUCGCAAGAACGGCUCUUUUCUUAACGGCUCAUCGUUAACGGGCCAAGCUUCGCGCUAUGCCCAAAUCCCAAAGCCAGGAGCACCAAUUCCAGCCACGGAAAAGAACCUUGUUCUUCUAAACGAAACAUAUGACCGGUUCGCCAGUGAGAUGGGGCCGCUAGGCUGCAACAAUGCUACCAUAGUUUCGCAGUACCUCUGUUCUGUGCCGCAGAGUAAGAGUCCAGGUGUCAUGCUCUUGGCCAUCCUUCUUGCAGAUCUUGUGUUUCUGCAAGCAGCAUGGGUCAUUUAUAAUUGGAUUGCUGGAACAAUGUUGUCUGCGUCGCAGAUGCAGACAUGUCAGGGCUGUGUUGGAGGUCCUGUUCAAAUUGCUGAGAAGAAUGUGUUUCUGAACCAUAGGAAGGCCACGGCGACUUCGGGCAGCUACGUGAGUGUUAGUGUUGAUGAGGGGGCUGGCAGUAGCUUGUUAGUGAGGGAGGCUAAGUGA